UUUUCUCUUUCUAUGGGGGAAAUUUCCAAAUAAUUGCAAGAUGAGAAAGUCCCUCCGAAUAUUAACUUCCAAAUUCGCCUUUUCAUUUCCCAUUAUACAAUACAACCUAAAAACCCAUCUCUCUCUUCCUCCAAAAGAAAACCUUAAAUCUUGUCCCCUUUUGGUUGUCUAAAGAUUUUAAUUUUUGUACUAAUUCCGAGCUUAAAUCAUGGAGCUUUUCAUCAAAGGUGACGGCGUUAAGUUACGGAGCCAUCUGGACAAGUACCUGGCAGCUGACGACGAUCGUGAAACGGUACGACAGAGCCGUAACGGGGACUCACGGCGAGCCGUUUGGACGGUGGAGACCGUCGCCGAGAAGCCGAAUCUAAUACGACUGAGGAGCUGCCACGGAACGUACUUAACGGCGAGCAACAAGCCGUUUCUGUUGGGGAUGACGGGAGAGAAGGUGGUCCAAACGGCGUCGUCUAACAAGCCGAUGGACUGGCAGACUCAGUGGGAGCCGGUUCGAGACGGGUUUCAGGUGAAGAUGAAAUCGUGGUGCGGUAAGUGGCUGAGGGCUAACGGAGGAUCGCCGCCGUGGAGAAACUCCGUUACCCACGACGAGCCUCACACGUCAAAGACCAAGGACUGGAUCCUCUGGGACCUUAUCGUCGUUGACGGCGAUCCUGAAACGAUGUCGUUUGGAGGCGAGAGCGUUUGUUCUUCUCCGGUUUCAUCUCACCGUGACGGGUCGGAUCUCGGGUCACCCUCUUCCGUCAUGUCCAUGAAGAGUUUCGGUCGCCUUUCCUUCGGUUUGCCCCUUUCUCCGAGAUGGACCCCAAAACCGAAGACGAGCUCGAACCUUGGGGAAGUUCCGGCCAUGGAGUUUUUCCAGAAAGCUAAAGCCGUUCGGAUGCGUAGCGUCCACGACAAGUAUCUGACGGCCGACGAGGACGAGGAGACGGUGGCUCAGGACAGGAACGGCUCGUCCAAGAACGCCCGUUGGAUCGUGGAGCCAGUCCGCGAUUCUUUCCACGUCAUCCGGCUCAAGAGCUGCCACGGCAAGUACCUAACGGCCUCGAACGAGCGGGUCUUGCUCGGCGCCACCGGCCGUAAGGUGGUGCAGUCGAAGCCCAGCCGUCUCGACUCGUCCGUCGAGUGGGAGCCACUGAAGGAAGGCUCCAAGAUUAAGCUCAGGACAAGGUACGGAAAAUACCUCCGGGCCAACGGUGGAGUUCCGCCUUGGAGAAACUCCGUCACGCACGACAUUCCUCAUAGAACGUCGACUCAGGACUGGAUCUUGUGGGAGGUUGAUGUCGUCGAGAUUCUUGUCGAUCCCCACCCAACUCCGGCUUCUCCGCCGCCGAAACAACCGUCGCCUCCGUCCCGGCGGUCGAGUUCUCCGAUCUCGAGAUCGCACUCUGGUUCGAGCACACCUUCCUCUGUCUCAGCCAAAUCCGACCACUUGUUCGGACAAGAGUCAAACGAGUCGCAGCCAAACUCGCCGCCGAAAUUGGAAGGGAGGACCAUAUAUUACCACAUAGCCGACGAGUCGGGACACGUGGAGGACGAAUCGACCGUUGGAUACGCUCUGACCUUCAAAGGGAAUAGCGUGGAGCAACUGACACAGGCGCUGAGGGAAGCAACCAGCAUGGAUGACGUCAUUGUGUGUACACGCAGUCCCUUAAACGGCAAGCUGUUUCCUCUCCGUCUGCAACUUCCCCCCACCACCACAAUGCAUGUCGUUCUUGUCCCCUCGACCUCGAGACUGGCAAGAGAAUUGGCUUCGGGGCUUAGGCUAUAAGAUCAACUUCUCAAUACGAUGGAGUAAUCGGACCUUAUACUUAUAUAUGAUUGGUUAGUUUUGGAAAUAUAUUUAUUUAUUUGUUUUUAUAUAUUCCACGUUAAUGCCCAUGGCGCUUAAAAUUUAGAGAAUGUUCUGUUCUUGAAAAAAAAAUGUAUGGGAUUUUUUUGUUGUAAAUAAUAUAUUUGUUUGUAAAAAAAAAACCCAUGAGAUUUUUAGUAUUCUUAUGAGAUUCUGAUUAUGAUUGUAAUAUAAAGUAUUGUCUAA